CGGCGAUGUGACAGUGGGGUCCCUGUUGCUCAUGUCAGUCUGCUGCUGCUAUACUGCAGUAAUUGCCGUAUUACGGCAACGCAACAUUAAAGCGGACGGGUAAAUAAAGCUCCCGUUUGCGUUUCACACGCCUGAAAUGGAUCUUCUAGUGCAGCAUGACAGUGUUUUACAUUCUGUCAGAUUGCACAGAUAAAAGAAACGUCGUCGAGCGAAAACUGAUGUGUGUUUAGGGAAAUAAAACAUGGUACCACAUAGGGAACUGUGUGCAACAUCAGAAGACAACUCAGAGUGAGAAGUUGCAGCUUGUGCUGAGAAAAACAGACCUGUAUCACAGUUGGUACCGUGGCACACAUUCCCUGACCUCUCAUUUACGCCAGCCAUGUCCAUCAUGGAUCACAGCCCCACGACUGGGGUGGUCACCGUCAUCGUGAUCCUCAUUGCAAUUGCUGCCUUAGGGGCUCUGAUCCUGGGGUGCUGGUGCUAUCUGAGGUUGCAGCGCAUUGGCCAGCCUGAGGAUGAGGAGAGCAUAGUUGGUGAGGGUGAGACCAAGGAGCCCUUCCUCCUUGUCCAGUACUCUGCCAGGGGACCACGUGUGGAGCACAAGACGAAGCUCACUCCUAACAGCACUGAGAACCAUGGUUAGGCAGCAGGAGUCAGCUUGAGAAAACACUACACACCUUUUCACUAUAAUCUGCUGUACUCAGAUCUCUUACAUUUGUUUCUUUUUUUAAUUGAAGAAAUUGUGGAUAAUACACUAAGUAUGAGCCAUUAUGUUUCUGUUAAGAGGAACAGUAUGGAUGACCUUUGGCUUUUGAAUGGAACAUUCAAACAGGUUUUUAGAACAAGUGCAAGCACUAAACAAACCUCAGUUAUUUAAUGUUUGUUUUUGAGUCAGUGUUAUUUUUUAAAUAUGUACUGUGUGUUCUAAUUAUUCAGCUGAGCCUAAUGUCAAUGUGAAGGUACAACUAAUUUUUUUAAUUUAAUAACUUAUUCUGUAACUUGUGUAUGAUCGAUAGACAAGAUGACACGACUCCACGUGGUUUAAAAUGUAAAUUUAUGAUUUCUGUUUUGUUCAUUUUGACUCAGUGUCUGGUAUAACCGUAAAAUUGGCUGGACAUGAAGUCUGUGAAUAAUAAUGACAGCACGGAUCAGUUAAUACCUCUGCAUUGUGUGCACAGACACCUUUCAGCAUUUGGUCUUCUUUGCUGUGCACAUCUUUUCAGUAUAUUCAAUUUUCCAGUCAUUAAAAUGGACCAAUUGGUAUUAAUUUAUAUUCAAUUAUGCAAGGAAAAAGCCAACAAAAAUAAAAAGAAAUGAAGAUGUUCAAAGCCCAUAGAAUCAAAAAAUUGUAGCCACCACACUGUCCUUUGAGCUUUAUAAAUUUAGUACAAAUUAUGUUGAUUAAUGAUUUAUCCAACAAUACUGUUUAACAACUACCUGGUAUAACUGAAUGUGUUGGGAAAAGCCAUGUCAUGGUAAGUUUACACAAAGGAGCGUAUGACUUUAUCAUACUUGUAUGCUAAUAAAGGUUGAGUGUUGAUGUGCAUUUGUGCCCAUAAUUAGAUCCUAAUUGCUAGUGCUGUUUUGAUUUCCAAAGUUUGUAUAACUGAGGAUUUCAUGUCCAUCAUAAAAUAAUUAACUGUAAGAAAUACAGUCAUGAGCAAGUUUGAAACCUUGUUUUGUUUAGGAGUAGUAUAUUCAUACCAGGUGCUCUUUUUUGUCAUUUGCAAAUUCUUGUGUCAGGAAGCCACCAGCAGCAAUCGAACUUAUGAUGGUGCUCCAGAAUCCAGAUGGUUCAUGUUUACUUUUUGGUGGCUGAGCACGUUUGUAUUUGAAAACAAAGGAAGCUUUAACAGCAUUAAAAAAACAGAGAAUAUGAAUUUUAUAAAACAGUGUGGUGGAUGGAUUGAAAUAUUUUUCUUCAGUUAUCCUUUUGUUCUUUAUGAAUUCAUAAAUAUGCUUUGACUUAUUUUCCAUUUUCCAUUCAUAAGCUGAAAAGAAAAUUAAAUGUUUAUUUUUAUAUGACGCUUUGGACAAUUUGCUUUUAGAAUUACAGUCCAAUUGAGGAAUUUAUUUUCAGGCAUGCAAAAGGUGUUAAUGAUGUGGGGUUGAGGAAUGGGGCUGAAACGGUGAUUGGAGGACAAAUUCAAUGUAAACCAAAGAAGUCAUGUUGAGGAAGCCCCUGCCCUUCACCAAGUCCACUGAGCAGGUUUAUGCAUAAAAAUACAAAUGUAUUUUGUAUCAUGCUUCAACAUGAAAGUGAAACAACUGAAAGCACUGCUGCAAUAUGGCAUAAUGAAUGAUGCCAGCUUUAUGUGGCUGAGAUUUGGCAUGUGAUUCCUGGCCUGCAUGUUUGGAAAUAUAUUUGUAAUUUUAAAUGUGCCAAUGAACUGGAACUGACAGUGCCAUUCAAUUCAAAAGAUCCCAUUGUUUGUGCAUUUCAGAAUACUACAAACAAGUGUAUUUUGUUGCAAGAGUGUACUUCUGUUGUC